CAGCAACCUGCGGCGACUGUGUUCAUCCGCCUUGUUCUCCGGCUCUCCGAUCGAGCCAUGCAUGCCAGAUUUAGGCGAAUCUCAGGCAAUGCAUUGGUGGCGAAGCGCAUUCAUCUCUUCCGCCACGUCAUCUUCGCCGUCCUCUUCCGCCAAGGUACAUUCCGACGAUAGUUUGAUCGUGGCCGGCGGUGGAAAGCAAACCCUAAAAUGGGCUUUCUUGUUCGGCCGCAGCCGUAGCCGCAGCCGUGGCCGCCCCUUGGAUGGCGGAGCGAAUUGCCACCAUGUCAUUUGCCAGGAUAUAGGUGCUUGUAUCCCGAGCAGGGAAAGCUCCUGUGAGAAUUCGCGGGCCCCCACGUCUUCCUCUGUGGCUCAGCCGUCUCCCCUGCCUCUCCCUGUACCUGAUUCCAUCUCUAAUUCUUGUAGCAUCCCCCUGCCUUCGCCAAAGAAUUUGCAUUUCAAUCCCAAAGACAGAGAUGUUAUAAGAGAGAAAGCCGAUUCUAACCCUUCUCCCAAUAAUGAUGGGCAUGGAGAUGAGGCUCUCUCACUUCAUAGGUUUCUUAGCGAAGCGGCCAGAAAGAACACGGGACAUCUUGAAAGCCUGUGUAGGAGGAAGUCUCAUCGUGAGCCUAAGGGAGCAAGAAGAUUCACUGACUUGAGAAUUCCUCCACCUAGUAGUGCUCCAACAAGUCCUUAUGCAAGUCCAGCGCUUAGCCCCUUGAAUUGUGUGGGGGAACAUUUGAGUACCAACUUUAUUCCCCAACAUAGUAUUUUCCAAGUUUGGUCUGCGCCAGAGAUGCGUCAAUCCGCGGCAGAUCAUACCUUCGGUGUUGGUUUCCCUUAUCAGCUUUCGCAAGAGAAACCUGCAUUUAGUGUUGAUGAUAGUUCUCCCCACCAAAGUCCGAGAUUAAGUCCUACACUGAGCAUGAGAAGUCCAACUCGUACGACUUCCCCUUUGCCUAAUAUGUUUCCAAAUGAGGCCUCAAUCAUACGCCGUGAUAGUAAUAAUAGUUCUCAGAGCAAUGUCCACCCCUUGCCUCGUCCUCCAUCCGCUGCUACACCAUCACAACCUACUCCAGUCCCCGCGACUCCUAUAUUGGAAUUAGUUCCCAUCAAAGGCCAGUGGCAAAAAGGAAAGCUAAUUGGUCGCGGGACAUUUGGAAGUGUAUAUGUAGCUUCCAACAGAGAAACUGGAGCUUUAUGUGCUAUGAAAGAAGUUGAAAUACUACCGGAUGACCCCAAAUCCUCUGAAUGCAUGAAGCAAUUACAACAGGAAAUUAAAGUUCUUAGCAAUCUCAAGCAUCCAAACAUUGUACAAUAUUUUGGAAGUGAAAUAGUUGGUGACAAGUUUUACAUAUAUCUUGAAUAUGUCCAUCCCGGUUCUAUCACUAAGUUCAUCCAUGAUCAUUGUGGAGCAAUUACAGAAUCUGUUGUUCGUAAUUUCACCCGUCAUAUCCUUUGUGGGUUGGCUUACUUGCAUGGAACGAAAACCAUACACAGGGACAUUAAAGGCGCUAAUUUGCUCGUGGAUGCAUAUGGUGUUGUCAAGCUUGCUGACUUUGGGAUGUCUAAACAUCUCUCUGGACAGGCAGGACAUCUUUCUUUGAAGGGAAGUCCAUAUUGGAUGGCGCCUGAGCUCUUGCAAUCAGAUAUACAAGACUCUGAGUCUGACCAUGCUUUAGCUGUUGAUAUAUGGAGUUUGGGUUGUACUAUAAUCGAAAUGAUGAAUAGGAAACCACCUUGGAGUGAGUAUGAAGGACCUGCAGCCAUGUUCAAGGUCCUAAGGGAAUCACCACCAAUACCUGAUUCACUAUCACCCGAAGGGAAAGAUUUCUUGCAGUGUUGUUUCCGCAGAAACCCAGCUGAGAGGCCGACUGCUAGUAUGUUAUUAGAACAUCAAUUUGUGAAGAACUUGCAUCAAUCAUGCCUUCCCCAUGGCAUCCAGUCACUUGAUGUGUUGAAACUGAAGGACAAUCUGAAGCUGAAAAGAGAGGGUCGAAGAUAGAAGAAAUAUAAACUCGGCCAACUUUCUACAAAAAGCCCAAGGGAGUAAGCUGAGCUGUGAAUUCUAGACCUGCCCACAUUUUAUCUUCAUAAUGUGAGCUAUACAUGUCUUACGCGAAUAGAUUCUUGAGACCAUUCAGGAACUUUAUCCGACCCCAUGUGACAAUGAUCAGAGCUUUAUCAGCUUCAGCACUUUGUAGAUAGCUUGCAGGCUGCAGCCGUAAGGACUGAAAUUGGAGCCACUGAGCACAGUAACAAAGUUCCAAUAAAUGCCGCGGUGGACAAACAAAUUCAAGCUCGGCAGCCAAAAUAAAUGAAGAUCACGAGG